ACAGCACCGCCCUAAUGUAGUCCAUACAUCUUCCACGCGUAGUCGCAAACGGACGUUGCAGAAGUGAUUUCCUCGAAUUUUAGGACAAAUUUUCCAAUUUACCCCUGCGUCGUUUAAGAACUCGCUGGAAUACCUUGCAGCCGCGAAAUGGAGGUUGUUAAAUAUUCCAUCCUUUUUUGCAUCGUAACAGGGACAUCGGUAUGGGCUCAGCCCGUAAAAAGAGGAUCUCAAAGUGGGAAUUCCUCCAGAAGGAAAAUCUCCAUCGACAUCAAGUUGCCACCGUGUGCGGCAGUGAGUUUCCUGGAAAAUGGCGCGGCGUCAUCCGAUGACUUUUCCGGAGAACACCUCGGGAGGAGUUCCGCCGUCGAAAAAGCCGACGGGAGAAGAAAAACCACUCGCGACUCGGGGGAAGUUUCCGCGGAUGCACUCGGAGGCAAGAAGAAUGAUCAACCACGAAGAAACAUGGGCGAGGCCUUAAGAGCCGAGAAUGACAGGGAGGAAACUUCCGGUGCGAGCGACUCGGGGAAUCCGUUGGCGAAAUCAACCGAAAACGGGACAAACGAUGGCGACGAGAGGAAACCGGACGACAGUUCUUCGAUUUUCUAUCAGCAACAAUUCCAGAACGUCGUGUCGAAGUUCAAGACCCUGCCAGAGGGGACGAAGAAUCAGUUUUGCGAGUCGUUGACAUCGGGCGCGUUCUCCAACCCGAGCAAGGAGCUGGAAAAGCUGCUGGAGAACCAGGAAAUACCUCCCUUGGUGGACGCCUCCCUGGACCAAAAGCUAAUGGACACCCUGCUUCGCGCCAGGACGAAGGCCGAAAAGGACUAUCUGCUCCUGAUCUGGGUCUGCGACACUCGCUCCAAGUUUGACUCCAAAACUGUGAGAUCCGAGGGUCGCAGGGCGUUCGAUAACGAGGUCGAGAUCGAGAAUAGCGACUCCUCGAGAAAUUCUGACAGUGACGAGGGAGUAUCCGAGGAAGACGGCUCGUAGAAAAAAAAAAAAAUGUAUUUCCAAGUUGAAACGUCAACAAGGAACGAGGCCAUCUCGCGCAGUGCUCUUCGUUUGGUUAUCGCCGUCGCUAAACUUUUUCAAAUUAUCCAACUGUCCGUCAGUAAAUACAGGGUAAAGUCGAGCGACCGA